UAUUUCAGAGGUAAAAUUGCAGACGAGUCAGAGACUUGGAAUCUUGCAAGAGCUGGUGCAUCCAUCACAUUUAACCUUGUAGCGAUAACAAAAUCCUUGACCAUAACAUGUUCAUUAUGGACCCCCGCAGCCCUUUCUCCGCCCAUUGGUAGUAAUGAGCUCUUGGUAAGCAAUGUGAUUGAACUGUCUCAUGAUGGCCCACCUGACCUGGAGUUCGUGGAAAAUGCUUCGGGAAGCAUAAAUGUAGCUUUGUUGCACAGUGCCUCAAACUUCAAAGGGUACGAAGUGGUUAUAAAGCAGUUGGUUGACCCCGAAUACAACGAGUGGGAGGAUUUGGAGACAAGAAACAUUUGGCAUUCGUCAGGUACUGAAAUGAUAAAUUUCACCGAUGAGAUCCAUACACAAGUAUCAUUCCAUAUACUUCUUGCUAAUUUCUCAAUCCAUAGUUAGGAUCAUUUAAGGGAGAUGGACAGCCGGCUUAGUGGUUAGUGCACGUAAUUCCAGAUCGACAUUUACAGCUUCAUGGUGGUAUGUUCUCGGGCAAAACUUAGAAUGGAUUAGAAUAACAACAUGGAAGUUCUCCCAUACAGACCUUCAGCUUGGCUAAUAGGGACUAAGUAAUAAUUGACACGGAUUAAACCUACAGGAACGUUAUUAACAGUAUCUUUAUGUCGUGGUCGAGAUUCUCUUACACAGACCUCUCUGUUAGAAAGGUUUAAGUAGUAACCAUAACUAAUGAUAUCUAUUACAGCAUUACUAAUAAUAUCAAUAUAUUACAGUAAAUCCAACCGUCCCCAAUUGGACGUGCCCUUCCGCUGAAGCUUCUUGCUCGAAAAGGUGGUUUUCCUCGUUUGCAGCAGUCUGGCGCCUCAAGUCUUUUGUCUUUCCUAAGCCUACGUCUAAGACCUCUGAGUUUAUCUGUCCACUGCCAGACUAUCCAAAUGUUAGUGUUGCGAUUCCAUGGAAUUCUUUGCCUGCCGAUACAGACUUUUCUUUAACUCUAAAGGUAUUUACACCCGAUGUUGCAUUUGUAAGAAAUAAUAAUGAUGAUGAUAAUAAUGAUGAAAUUUAUUGCCAUCAUUAUCGUUAUCAUUCACAUCAUUAUUACUAUAUCGAUCAUUUGUUUCAAAAGACUUAGAUGGUGAUGACAAAAAAACCAACUUAUUGCCGAGAGGAUGUUACCUUGAUAUAAAAUCAAAUGCUUUGACCUUAAUUACAGCCAAUAGCGGAUUUUAUGAAAACUAUCAUGUUAGUAUAGAGUGCAUAGAUUUUAGCUGAAAAAAAAAUGUUUAAUCAAAUCUAUUUAUCGUCCCUAUUUCAAUUGGCAAACUACUGGUAGCUAACAAGAAUACCUUGGGUUAUCAUAAAUUUUUGAUAUGAUUGUUUUGGCUCUUUUAAUUUGAGGUGCAAGAAGCGCCAACCAUCGACCACGAUGUGGAAGGAAUGUUUGUUGGUCCGAUUCUUCACAUUUCGUGCUCAAACAAUGUGACGCUGUCAGCGCCAGCGAAAAUCAGCCUCCCGUUGGCACUCACAGACGGUGGAAUAGAGCCAGCGGAACUGCAUUCAGGUCAAGUGAAGAUACUACAUUUCAAUUCGAGAGAGGAAUCACAAGAAUGGACGGAUAUCACAGAUCAUUUGGAUAUGCCUGUAGUUCUUAGAGGUGGAAUAGUGACGUUUCAUGUCAAAACUUUCUGCCGGUAAGAUGAAUGUGUAGACCGCAUUAUUAUUUUAUAAACUGUAUGCAGUUAAUUAAUUUUUUUUUUACAUUUCUCGAAGUGAACCAUUAGUUUUAGAAACCAGAAGUUCGCUUUGCAAUUUCUGUGAGACUCUAAAUUUCGUCAAUUCAUAUGCUAUGGGGUUGAAUGUGAUGAUGAGUGCAAAAGAGUAAACUAACACAUAUUUAAGGCCGUGAGGACCAUUUCCAAAUCAUACGCCUAAUUUUUGAGAAAUUUUGAUCCCACUGGCGAGUGAAUGGAGUUGUUAAAAAUAACAAGCAUCCAGUGAAAAUUCUAUAGAAGUUGAAAAGAAGGAUGCUUAACGCCAAUUUUAUUGCAAAAACUGCUCCUCAUGUGAGCUUUUGUUCUGCUCCACAGUGUAAGUCGUAUACAAACGUUUGAAAUCUGUUGUUUUAACAUGCAGCGCUUUCCACAAAUGAGGUAUACCUACUUGUGAGUAAAAUAACCCCCUCCCCCUCUGCUCCUAGUUUUCCUCCCCCUCCUCUUCCUCCUCCUACUCUCUCUCAACAUUGGGCGCGUCUCUCGAGCUUCCCCAGGUUAUUCAAGCUGGCUUUAAAAUCAAAAGUUCUCAUUGGAAAUAGUUUCUCUCUUGCGAAGUCCAAAAACCGGACUUGUUGAUUAGUUUUGAGCUAGGUAACUGACUCGGGUGGAUACUUUAAAAAGGUCAUGGUACUUGUCGAGGGAUUAUUUCCCUCUAGCAAAUAUUUCUUCUCAAGCGGUCAACAUCUACAAAAGUGUACAUACCUCUUUAAACGUGUGUGUGUGUGUGUGUGUUUUUUUUUUCAUGUCGUGUAGAGUUUCCUGCCAUUCUCUUUCAGGUUUUGGCCCUGGUUGUUGAAGACGUCCGCCAGCAUUCCAUGCAAAUAUGCCUCGCUCCUAUGCGAUGGAAUCAUGAAACAGCAAGCUGGGUUUUUAGCUUGCUUAUGCAAUGAUGUAGUACCCUCGAGAUACGUGUUGAAUAUGUUUUGUUUCCCGCGGCAGUUAAGGUCCAAAGUGAAUAGCGAUAUGUCCUCAACAUAUUGUGUGAAUAUGCAAGGAGAAGGAACCUCGAAGAAACCGCUGUCUAGCGGUGAUGAAACAUGUGUGUCUCUAUCAAAUGGAUUUGAAGUGCAGGGAGCGGGAAAUGUAGAGAAAAUCGUCUUAAAGUAAGUACCAGCACUGUUACGUUUCAUCGUUCCGUCCUCAUGAUCCGCUCAUUCGUAAAAUAAUGUAGAAAGGCAUAGUGACUCUGCCUCUGUAACUAAGCUGCAACUAAGAGGAGGGUUGAGAAAGCGGCUCUGUCCUAUGGUCUCCCGGCUUAAGGUCACAAGUCUGUUUCACGAAGGGAUCUAAAUUAUCCAUUCUAACUUCUUACCUUUAGAAAGCUAAAAAUCUAAGAGAAAUUUACACUUCAGUAUUGUAAAGUUAAAUAAGUUCCUUAAGUACGUGAUUCCUUCACUGAGUUUGACCAGGAAGAAAGUCAAAUUUAAGUGAUUUGCUAAAUCCACUAUACUAGAAACCUAAGAAAAAAGUUAAUAUCCAUCUAAACUUUUGUUCCCUUAUUUAUGCGAGGUUCCACAGUGAGCACCAUGAUCACGAGUUUCUGCGUGUUAGUAUUAAAGACCCGAGUGAUCUGCAAGUCGACUUCCUAAAACUGCUAGGAGGCGAGGAGAGAAAUAAUUUCCCAAUAAUAUGUAAAGUGCCCAUCAUUCCAAGAUCUCCAGCA